AUGGGUUCUCGCAUCUCACUAAAAUUCUUCCCUUUUUUGAGUGGAAAUGUCGCUUCCACAACAAGAGUGCCUGGCGAGAAAAAUGUGCUCGAGGUGCAACCGGCAACACAAGCGAAUCAUGAAAUUGUUGCUAAGCCUUAUCCUCCUCUGAACGAAGAUUUCGUCCCAAAUCGUCUAGUAAUGGAAGGAGAGGACCCGAGCGCCUGUCAUUAG